AUGUGGCAUGAGGCACGAAAGCACGAGAAGAAGCUGCGGGGUAUGAUGGUUGAUUGGAAAAAGAGAGCUGAACGAAGAAGACAAUAUUAUGAAAGUUUGGCAAGUGAUCCCUUUCAACAACUGCGAAUUGUAGGAGUUGCUGCCAAGAUACAUAUAAAUGUGGUUGAAAGCUCAGAUAGCAUGAUGCAAUGGCGCGGUCAACCUGAUAUCCUGAUUGACAGGUUUGAUGCUAGAGCACACCUGGAUUAUUUGCCAAAUUUUGAAUCUGAUAACGAAGAUAAUAAGCAAACCUACGAUGACCUACAACUAAACUACGAAAGAUACAAAAUUUUAGCAAAGAGCGAUUUCCUAGGGGUCUCGGAAGACAUGGUGUUACAACAAAUUGAGUUGGAAGAAGAUAUACCUUUAUCUGUAAGGAAAGUUUCUGCAGCAAGUGAAGCAGAAAAGGAAAAAUUAUCUGAGAAAGCUGCUACUAUUAAUUAUCAGUAUGCUGAGAAGGCUGACGAAAAUACAAAAAAUAGUGAUAUUGAUGAUAUUGAUGAAGAUGAAUUUCUUCUUCAACCUUCGUCUGAAGGUAACGUUGAUCCCGAUCAAUUGAAUGAAGGGCAGCGAGAUAAAUUAAAUCUAGCGGCUAGCUCAUACGGAAUUGGUUCGGGCACAUUUUGCAGAUUUAUUAGAGAAGACAUUCUUGAUUUGACAGCUCGUGAUAAAGCUCAGAAGGAGGAGGCUGAACGUUUAGUAAAAUAUGGUCGAAGAGCAAUUAGACAUGAUCAUCUAGGGCGAAGUGAAUCGAAUUUACGCCAGGCACACUCGCCGCCUAGUUAUGCUCGUCGUUCAAGCCCAACGUACGAACCAUACAAAAGAUCCGUAUCUGGUUCGGAAUCUUCCGAAGGAUCAGGGGACGAAAUUAAAUUUAUAACUGAAUUCUCUUCUGCUGGUGCUACCAAAGCCGAUGGAAAUAAAAAAUCUGCAAACUGUCGUGAACAGUUGAGCAGCUCUUCUCGACAUCGAGAGAGGAAAAGAUCGAGGGAAUAUAGUACUGAUAGAUACAAAGAUAGGUAUCACAGUAGAAAUAGUAGUAAGGAUAGGCGCAGAAAUUACAAGAGUCGUAGUAGAAGUUACGACAGGGAGAGUCGUAGAAAGCAUAGUAGAUACAGUCGGAGUAGGAGCUCUGAAAAGCGAUCUCGACGUAGACACCGUGACGGCAGCAGUAGUGCGGAAUCAUCAAGGUAUAAGAAAUACAAGCAAAGAGCACGAAGCCGUAGUUCCGAUCGUCAUCGUAGGAGUGAUAGUCGCGAUAGACGUUCCAAUCGUCGAGAUUCUAGAAGUUUAAGCCCAAGAAAAUCUCCGCCAGUAAACGCUAUUAAACCCAUUAAGAAGACAUUAACACCUGGCAAAGAUACGGAGAAGGUAAUACUGACGCAUUAUAUGGCGAUGGUUCAGAAAACACUAUCACGUCAGGAAAUGCUCAAACUUAAAAUGCAACGGGCUCUUAAUAAACACUUAAAACAUGAUCAUAAAUUAGAAAAAGAACGUCAAGAAAAGAAAGAAUUAGAAAGAGCGGUAUUACUGCUAUUUACGACUAAAUUUUAUUCAACAUCAAAUGUUUCACUAAAGAUCGUUCUUGAUCUAUGCUAG